GUAGAUUCUUUACGAUUGAUGUCACGUGCACUUUGGGGGCGGGACUUUCUUCAACACAACACUCAUCUGCCAGCGUCAGAAGCACUUUGCAGCUCAAGCUACUGUUUCCAAGAGGAUUGCGAGGGACCCUAGCCACCAGCAAUCAUGUCAGAGUCCUAUGAUUUUCUGUUCAAGUUCCUAGUCAUAGGGAAUGCUGGAGUGGGCAAGUCAUGUCUACUACAUCAGUUCAUCGAGCAAAAGUUCAAGCAGGACUCAAACCACACGAUAGGGGUGGAGUUUGGCUCAAAGGUGGUGAAUCUCUCUAGCAAGUCAGUGAAGCUGCAGGUGUGGGACACGGCAGGUCAGGAGAGGUUCCGGUCCGUCACACGAAGCUACUACAGAGGGGCGGCCGGGGCUCUCCUCGUUUAUGACAUCUCCAGUCGUGAAACGUACAACUCUCUGACCAACUGGCUGACGGAUGCUCGUACUCUGGCCAGUCCAAACAUUGUCAUAGUGCUCGUGGGAAACAAGAAAGACUUGGACGCUGACAGAGAGGUCACCUUCAUGGAGGCCAGCAGAUUCGCACAAGAGAACGAGCUGUCAUUCCUUGAGACGAGUGCCCUGACGGGGGAGAAUGUAGAGGAGGUGUUCCUCAAGUGUACCAGAACCAUUCUCACCAAGAUUGAUGCGGGUGAGCUAGAUCCUGAUCGAGUGGGGUCUGGAAUUCAGUAUGGCAACGCUCAGUUGAGGAAACCUCCACCCACACAACAAACACAAAAAAAGGAUUGCAGCUGCUGAUAGCUCACCAAUUGAACAGACUGUACUAUACAAAAUCCAUUAAUGUCUCUGGCACUGUAUGUAUUCCACACUGAGUGUUUACCCACUGUAGGUCAGAUUUUGCUUUAGUUUUGUUUUAUCUCACUGUACUGUGUGUGCUCAGUUUUGUAUGUCUGGUAAAGAUUGUUGAAAUGACAAA